CUAGGGGCGAGCGGCGGAGUCGACGGAGUGUCUGGCGCCACUGAGGCCGCGGGCGAGAACCGGGAGGGGAGAGGGUGGAGACAGGAGGAGGAGACGCGAGUGCGGGGUGGCGCCGGUCCACCUCCGCAGCGCUCCUGCCUCCCGCCGUCUUCGGAAGGCGGGCCCAGGCUGCGGCAGCGGCGGCCUCGGCUGCCGGGGGAGGUGAAGUCGUGCUGCGGCGGCCUCGGUCGGCGCGGCGGAGGGAGGCUGCCGACCCGGCGAGGGUGGGCAGGUCUGGGUGGCCGGCGCCGCGGCAAGGUGGAGGGGCGGCUUGGCAUCCCCGGGGCGGGGCGAGGCUCCCGGGGUCCGCUGCCGGUGCUUUUUUCUCCAGUUCAGCCUCCGCAGGGGCCUUGCAGUAGCCGCCUCCGCGUCCCAGGGGCUGCUGUUGGAAGGGCGGGGGUCGGUGCCUGCGGGGCUCUGCGUGGCCGCUCGGGAGAGGUACUCUUUGCGCAGGCUCUCCCGGAGACUUGAGGCGGGGCGCGCAGGCAUGCAUGGGGCCUGUUCGUCCUUGUUUUGGGGAUGAUCCUAAGGGGAGAAAGAGGGAUACCUUGGGUGCUUGGAGUCUAGGGACGGUUACCUACGUGCGCAAGGGCUGCUGAUUAGGGCAGGGAAGGCUCGCUAGAAUGAGCUCUUAAACUAGUUGGGUGUAAGCGGUUAUGGGUUGGUCUAAACCAAACAACCGAGAAUCCACGGGGGGUGCCUGCAGGUUGAGAGAGUACCUGGCUGCAAAUGUCCGGUAGUGAUGGAUUGCCUUGUAGGCCCCAGAGCAAUCAGGGGAGUUAGCAUUCUUGUUCAAGAAGCUGCUGGUUCACUUAGCGCUGUAAGAAGGGUGUGAGUUUGGGAUUUUCUUUCAAACAUUCAGGGUUGAGGUUGGAGCUGGUGGUGAGGGAUCAUGUAAAGAGGUUUGAGUGGCUGCCUUAGGUCCUGGGGUGGAAAGCUUAUUUUGGUGUCACGUGUCUAUGGGAAUUAUUAAGAAUGUGGUGUACCCUCAUGAGAAGAGCUCUGAAGCCAUUGCUGUUCUUCCUCCCUGUGUGGAAAAUCGAAUUUCUGGAAACAUCCUCUGUGUUGGAGAUUUUGCAUAUGUAAAGGCUAUCCUUAUUGGCUAGUGGCACAAAUUAAAAGUAGGAUGGAAGUACAGUAGUAUCUGAAGCAUUAUUCGGUUUCGAGCUCACUUCUGUGGAAAAGAAUUUUAAGGCAGUGGUCUAGACUUUCCAGGGAAGUUACUGCUUGGCUGUGUCCCUCUAGUCCUAAUUUUAUACUUAACUUUCCCCACCUCCUUCAGCUUCAUCUGUUUCAAUGGUGCAACUCUCUUCAUCCCCUUUUGGUUACCAGUCACCUUCAGGCCACUCAGAGGAGGAAAGAGGGGAAUAUGAAGUCGGCCAAGCCCCAAGUGAACCACAGUCAGCAUGGGGAAAGCCAGCGGGCCUUGAGCCCCCUGCAGUCUACUCUGAGUUCUGCUGCAUCUCCUUCCCAAGCAUAUGAGACCUAUAUUGAAAAUGGACUCAUAUGCCUUAAACACAAAAUUAGAAACAUCGAGAAAAAGAAGCUCAAACUGGAAGAUUAUAAGGAUCGCCUGAAAAGUGGAGAGCAACUUAAUCCAGACCAGUUGGAAGCAGUAGAAAAAUACGAAGAAGUGCUACAUAAUUUGGAAUUUGCCAAGGAGCUUCAGAAAACCUUUUCUGGGUUGAGCCUAGAUCUACUAAAAGCGCAGAAGAAGGCCCAGAGAAGGGAGCACAUGUUAAAACUUGAGGCUGAGAAGAAAAAGCUUCGAACUAUACUUCAAGUUCAGUAUGUAUUACAGAACUUGACACAGGAACAUGUACAAAAAGACUUCAAAGGGGGUUUGAAUGGUGCAGUGUAUUUGCCUUCAAAAGAACUUGACUACCUCAUUAAGUUUUCAAAACUGACCUGCCCUGAAAGAAAUGAAAGUCUGAGACAAACACAUGAAAGAUCUACUGUCUAAAUUGCUGAACUCAGGCUAUUUUGAAAGUAUCCCAGUUCCUAAAAAUGCCAAGGAAAAAGAAGUACCACUGGAGGAAGAAAUGCUAACACAGUCAGAAAAAAAACCACAAUUAUCGAAGGCUGAAUCUGUCAAAGAGCCAGAGUCUCUAAUGGAAUUUGCACAGCCAGAGAUACAACCACAAGAGUUUCUUAACAGACGCUAUAUGACAGAAGUAGAUUAUUCAAACAAACAAGGCGAAGAGCAACCUUGGGAAGCAGAUUAUGCUAGAAAACCAAAUCUCCCCAAACGUUGGGAUAUGCUUACUGAACCAGAUAGUCAGGAAAAGAAACAGGAAUCCUUCAAGUCCUGGGAGUCUCCUGGUAAGCACCAGGAGGUAUCCAAGCCUGCAGUUUCCUUAGAACAGAGAAAACAAGAUACCCCAAAACUCAGGUCUAGUGUACCAGAAGAGCAGAAGAAGCAGGAGAUCUCCAAAUCUAAGCCAUCUCCUAGCCAGUGGAAGCAGGAAACUCCUAAAUCCAAAGCAGGAUAUGUUCAAGAGGAACAAAAGAAGCAGGAGACACCAAAGCCAUGGCCGGUUCAGCUGCAGAAAGAACUAGAUCCAAAGAAGCAAACUCCAAAGUCUUGGACACCUUCUGUGCAGAGUGAACAGAACACCACCAAGUCAUGGACCACUCCCAUGUGUGAAGAACAGGAUUCAAAACAGCCAGAGACUCCAAAAUCCUGGGAAAACAAUGUUGAGAGUCGAAAACACUCUUUAACAACACAGUCACAGAUUGCUCCGAAGUCCUGGGGAGUAGCUACAGCAAGCCUCAUACCAAAUGACCAGCUCCUGCCCAGGAAGUUUAACACAGAACCCAAAGAUGUGCCUAAGCCUAUGCAUCAGCCUGUAGGUUCUUCCUCUACCCUUCCGAAGGAUCCAGUAUUGAGGAAAGAAAAACUGCAGGAUCUGAUGACUCAGAUUCAAGGAACUUGUAACUUUAUGCAAGAGUCUGUUCUGGACUUUGACAAACCUUCAAGUGCAAUUCCAUCGUCACAGCCGCCUUCAGCUACUCCAGGUAGCCCCGUAGCAUCUAAAGAACAAAAUUUGUCCAGUCAAAGUGAUUUUCUUCAAGAGCCAUUACAGGCUACUUCUUCUCCGGUUACUUGUAACUCAAAUGCUUGCUUGGUUACUACUGAUCAGGCUUCUUCUGGAUCUGAAACAGAGUUUAUGACCUCAGAGACUCCUGAGGCAGCAAUUCCCCCAGGCAAGAAAGCGUCUUCACUAGCUUCUGCAAAUCCUUCCAUGGCAAAGGGCUCUGAACAGGGCUUCCAGUCACCUCCAGCAAGUAGUAGUUCAGUAACCAUUAACACAGCACCCUUCCAAGCCAUGCAGACAGUGUUCAAUGUUAAUGCACCUCUGCCUCCACGAAAAGAACAAGAAAUAAAAGAAUCCUCUUAUUCACCUGGCUACAAUCAAAGUUUUACUACAGCAAGUACACAGACGCCACCCCAGUGCCAACUGCCAGCUAUACAUGUAGAACAAACUGUCCUUUCUCAAGAGACUGCAGCAAAUUAUCAUCCCGAUGGAACUAUUCAAGUAAGCAAUGGUAGCCUUGCCUUUUACCCAGCACAGACGAAUGUAUUUCCCAGACCUACUCAGCCAUUUGUCAAUAGCCGGGGAUCUGUUAGAGGAUGUACUCGUGGUGGGAGAUUAAUAACCAAUUCCUAUCGGUCCCCUGGUGGUUAUAAAGGUUUUGAUACUUACAGAGGACUCCCUUCCAUUUCCAAUGGAAAUUAUAGCCAGCUGCAGUUCCAAGCUAGAGAGUAUUCUGGAUCACCUUAUUCCCAAAGGGAUAAUUUCCAGCAGUGCUAUAAGCGAGGAGGGACAUCUGGUGGUCCACGAGCAAAUUCAAGAGCAGGGUGGAGUGAUUCUUCUCAGGUGAGCAGCCCAGAAAGAGACAACGAAACCUUUAACAGUGGUGACUCUGGACAAGGAGACUCCCGUAGCAUGACCCCUGUGGAUGUGCCAGUGUCAAAUCCAGCAGCCACCAUACUGCCAGUACAUGUGUACCCCCUGCCUCAGCAGAUGCGAGUUGCCUUCUCAGCAGCCAGAACCUCUAAUCUGGCCCCUGGAACUUUAGACCAACCUAUUGUGUUUGAUCUUCUUCUGAACAACUUAGGAGAAACUUUUGAUCUUCAGCUUGGUAGAUUUAAUUGCCCGGUGAAUGGCACUUAUGUUUUCAUUUUUCAUAUGCUAAAGCUGGCAGUGAAUGUGCCACUGUAUGUCAACCUCAUGAAGAAUGAAGAGGUCUUGGUAUCAGCCUAUGCCAAUGAUGGUGCUCCAGACCAUGAAACUGCUAGCAAUCAUGCAAUUCUUCAGCUCUUCCAGGGAGACCAGAUAUGGUUACGUCUGCACAGGGGAGCAAUUUAUGGAAGUAGCUGGAAAUACUCUACGUUUUCAGGCUAUCUUCUUUAUCAAGAUUGAGAGUCAUUACAGUAUUGACAAUAAAAGGAUGGUGUUCUAAUUAGUGGGAUUGAAGGAAAAGUAGUUCUUGUUCUCAUGACCAAUUGGUUUAGGAAAAUGUUUUCAUUCCUAGAGGAAAGAGGAGGUCCUUACUUUUUUGUUUUCCUUCCUAAGGUGAAAAAUCAAGCUGAAUGACAAUUAGCACUAAUCUGGCACUUUAUAAAUUGUGAUGUAGCCUCGCUAGUCAAGCUGUGAAUGUAUAUUGUUUGCACUUAAUCCUUAACUGUAUUAACGUUCAGCUUACUAAAUUGACUGCCUCAAGUCCAGGCAAGUUACAAUGCCUUGUUGUGCCUCAAUAAAAAAGUUAAUGCGC